AUGAGCUCUCCCGCUACCUCCCCCAGGCCGCCAAGAAGUCCUAUUGCCAAACACCGUCAUUCAAUGAGCACCCCGGAUGCGGAUGCGAAAACGACGAAGCGACACACCACGGACCCCUCGGAGGACCUACAUGAACGGUUCAUUGGCGAAGUCGAACUGCCUGAACAUCUCGAACCUUUACUGAUGGAGACCGACCGACGGUUCGUCUUGUUUCCCAUACAAUACGAUGAGAUCUGGCAAAUGUACAAGCAUGACCUCUCCCACGACUUGUGGGAUUGGAACGGGAAACUCACCAACAACGAACGGCAUUUCCUGUCUUACGUUCUAGCGUUCUUUGCGGCUUCGGAUGGCAUCGUCAACGAGAACCUGGUCGAACGUUUCUCCAAUGAGGUGCAAGCGGCGGAAGCCAGGUGCUUUUACGGCUUUCAAAUCAUGAUUGAAAACACGAUUCCCUGCAUCCGCAAGAAGGCUGAAUGGGCCCUCCGUUGGAUAUCGGACGAACAGUCGGCGUUUGCCGAGCGUCUCGUAGCGUUCGCUGCGGUUGAGGGUAUAUUCUUCUCGGGGUCUUUCGCGUCCAUCUUCUGGCUCAAGAAACGCGGUCUCAUGCCUGGCCUCACUUUUUCCAACGAGCUCAUCUCCCGAGACGAGGGAAUGCAUACCGACUUCGCGUGUCUGCUAUUCCACCACUUGCGUCGGCGGCCCCACCCGAAGCGGGUGGAGAAGAUCAUCACCGAGGCAGUUGACAUCGAGAAGGAGUUUUUGACAGAGGCUUUGCCUGUCUCCCUAAUUGGGAUGAACGCGGACCUAAUGCGUCAGUACAUCGAGUUUGUGGCCGACAGACUCCUGGUGUCGCUCGGCAAUCAGAAGCACUACUAUGCAACAAAUCCCUUUGACUUCAUGGACUUGAUCUCUCUACAAGGGAAGACAAACUUCUUCGAAAAGCGCGUGUCUGAGUAUGCAAUGGCCAAUUUCAACACGGCAUCUUCAACAGAGUCGGACGCACCCUCGAAGGGGCCGGUAGAGCGAGUAUUGUAA